AUGGAAGACCAGAAUAACAAGCUUCAGAAGGAGAGAAAGUUAAUGGAAGAACGGAUCGCAGAUUUCAGUGCAAACCUGGCAGAGGAAGAAGAAAAGUCAAAGAACCUCACGAAACUCAAGAACAAACACGAGUCAAUGAUCUCAGAACUGGAAGUUCGCUUGAAGAAGGAGGAGAAAGGUCGUCAGGAAUCGCCGAUCUCAAAGCCCAACUCGCCAAGAAGGAGGAGGAGCUACAGAAACGCCCUGGCCCGGCUAGAGGAUGAAACGGCGCAAAAGAACAAUGCUCUGAAGAAGAUCCGUGAGCUGGAGGGACACAUCUCGGACCUUCAGGAGGACCUGGACUCAGAGCGAGCUGCGAGGAACAAAGCCGAAAAGAUCAAGAGAGACCUGGGGGAGGAGCUGGAGGCCCUGAAGUCUGAGCUGGAGGACACCCUGGACACCACGGCCACGCAGCAGGAGCUCAGAGCGAAGCGAGAGCAGGAGGUGACUCUGCUCAAGAGAGCCAUUGAGGAGGAGAACCGCACCCAUGAGGCCCAGGUCCAGGAGAUGAGACAGAAGCACACGCAGGUGGUGGAGGAGCUCACGGACCAGUUCGAGCAGGCCAAACGAGUGAAGUCAAACCUAGAGAAGGCGAAGCAGGCUUUGGAAAAGGAAACCUCGGAGUUGACGAUGGAGGUGCGCUCACUGUGCCAGGCCAAGCAGGACGGAGAAAACAAACGGAAGAAGCUUGAAAACCAAGUGGUAGAUUUGCAGACACGCUUCAGCGACAGCGAGAAGCAGAAGGCAGAGCUGGGGGACAGAUGUGCCAAAACAACAGCUGAACUGGAGAGCGUGACCAGCCUACUGAAUGAAGCAGAGAGCAAGAACAUUAAACUAAGCAAAGAUGUCACUAGCGUUUCCUCCCAGCUCCAAGACACACAGGAGCUUCUGGCUGAAGAGAAACGAGACAGAAGCUUCAGUUGUCAACAAAGUUACGGCAAACACGUGUCCACACUCAAUAUUCAGUUGUCGGAUGCAAAGAAGAAGCUUGAUGAAAUGUGCGGUAACAUCGAGUUCUUGGAGGAGGGAAAGAAGCGUCUGCAGAGAGACCUGGAGGCGGCGAACACUCAGUUUGAAGAAAAGGCCUCAGCCUAUGACAAAAUGGAGAAAACCAAAAACCGGCUGCAACAGGAGCUGGAGGACACGCUCAUGGACCUGGACAAUCAGAGACAGAUUGUGUCCAACCUCGAGAAGAAGCAGAAGAAAUUUGAUCAGAUGCUGGCUGAGGAGAAGAGCAUCUCCAGUAAGUUUGCGGAGGAGAGAGACCGUGCAGAGGCCGAGGCGCGGGAGAAGGAGACCAAAGCACUGUCUCUGGGCCGCGCCCUGGAGGAGGCGCAGGACUCACGCGAGGAGCUGGAGCGCGUCAACAAGGCCCUGAGGAUGGAGAUGGAGGAUCUGAUACAAGGACACGUGGGCAAGAGCGUGCACGAGCUGGAGAAGUCGAAGCGUGGCCUGGACGCUCAGGUGGAGGAGAUGAAGACUCAGCUGGAGGAGCUGGAGGACGAGCUGCAGGCAGCAGAGGAUGCCAAGCUGCGGCUGGAGGUGAACAUGCAGGCGCUCAAGGCACAGUUCGAGAGGGACCUCCAGGGACGUGACGAGAUGGGAGAAGAGAAGAAGAGGCAGCUCAUCAAACAGGUGCGGGAGCUGGAGACGGAGCUGGAGGACGAGCGCAAACAGAGAACGAGCGCCGCGGCUGCCAAGAAGAAGCUGGAGACCGACAUGAAGGACCUGGAGGCUCAGAUCGAGACCUCCAACAAGGGCCGCGACGAGGCCAUCAAGCAGCUCCGCAAGCUCCAGGCGCAGAUGAAAGAUUAUCAGAGGGAGCUGGAGGAUGCCCGUGCCGCCCGCGAGGAGGUGCUGAUCACAGCUAAGGAGAGCGAGAAAAAGGCCAAAGGUCUGGAGGCCGAGCUCUUCCAAAUGCAGGAGGAUCUGGCCGCCGCAGAAAGAGCUCGUAAACAAGCAGAGGCAGAAAGAGACGAGUUGUCAGAUGAACUGGCCAGCAAUUCUUCUGGAAAGUCGGCCUUGGCGGAUGAGAAGCGACGUCUUGAGGCCAAGAUUUCUCAGUUGGAGGAGGAGUUGGAGGAGGAGCAGGGCAACAUGGAACUCCUCAAUGACAGGCUGCGCAAGAGCACUCAACAGGUGGAUCAGCUGAACAUUGAGCUGCAGACGGAGCGCAGCACGUCUCAGAAGAACGAGAGCGCCAGGCAGCUGAUGGAGCGACAGAACAAGGAGCUGAAGGCCAAACUGCAAGAGAUGGAAAACCAGGUCAAGUCCAAGUUCAAGUCUUCCAUCACGGCUUUGGAAGCGAAAGUGGUUCAGCUGGAGGAGCAGCUGGAGCAGGAGAGCAGAGACAAGCAGGCCAAUGCAAAGAGCAUACGUCAGAAGGACAAGAAGAUGAAGGACCUGAUAAUGCAGGUGGAAGAUGAGAGGAAACAGGCAGAGCAGUACAAAGACCAGGCUGAUAAGGCGAAUGUGCGGAUGAAGCAGCUGAAGCGUCAGCUCGAGGAGUCAGAAGAGGAGUCUCAGCGUGCAACGGCUUCACGCAGAAAACUGCAGCGAGAGCUGGACGAGGCGACUGAAGCCAACGACAGCAUGAGCCGUGAGGUCACCACUCUCAAGAACAAACUCAGAGGCAACCCUGAACCCAAGGAGCGUGGAAUUGAGCCUUCCUAUGGCAGCGCUCCUCGUCGGAUUGGAGGUGGGCGGCGGGUGAUCGAUGACGCCUCAGAGGAGGAGACAGACUCCCAAAGCGAUUUCAAUGGAAAGUCCACAGAAUAA